AUGAGGACUUGGUUUAGGGGACCAUUGCUUCCAAGUAAACCGAGCUUCAAAAUCCGAAAAAGCAAGGUAAGAAAAUUUUCAAUUUCUAAAUUAAAUUAACUCGUGAAAAAUUGUAUUGCGGAUUUGAAAUGUUUAUGUAGGAAUCAGGCGGCGAUGCGUUCGGUAUUUAAUCACUGUUGUUUUUUUACCUCGCGUCUAAGAUACAAAAACAAAGGAUUAUACAAAUUGAAUUCGAUGUAGACAAUAUGACGAGACUCUGGACAAGUCUGUUAAAACAGUGCCGAGUCUGCCAUGCCAUGACGGAUUAACGAGGUUCUGACGGCAGAAAUGAUUAUACGCGAUAUUAAGAAAUAUCGCAACGUCUUUAAAUGGUAUAUCAAAUCACUAGUGCUACAAAAUGCCUGGCGAUUGUUGAGCUGGCAACUUCUAGUAUGGUUCGCUACGCGUGCCUCAUACUAAUUAGUAGAACCAUGUAAAUCAAUUCUUAGCACCUGACAAAAUUUUGCACGAUACGUUCCUUUCAACCUCUAGCCAUCUUACGGUACGAGAAAACUUUGAAAAAAACCGUCUCUUUAUUAUAAAUUAGCUCACAGUUGUUGAUACCUACAUGGCCCAUGCUGAUAAUAAAGCAGUACAACUUGUUGACAUAUAACGGAAAAUCAGAGUCACGUUUUACAGGUCAAGGGAUGGUUCUUUCUAGGAAUAAAAUUUGUUUUUCUAAUCCUUCCUGUCAUUGGAUCCAAACACAUUGACACAUUUACACGUAAGAAGACAAAACGCUUACAUCGGUGCAAUGCGAUUACAGAUACAUAUCGUAAAUGUUCACUGCAUGACUAUAAGAGUUAUGUAGUGGUUUCAAUAGAAAACAGCGGUAACUGAAUUGUAUCGAGACUGAAAGAGAACUGCGAUAACAUGAGAGAUCUCAGUAUGGAAUUGUUUACUUCUUGCCUAAGAAAGGUAACAUGACAAUUUUAUAUUUGAUUGAAUAAUAUUUUAAAUCAUCCUAUCAUGGAUUAUUUUCAUCACAAGCCGGAUCUUCGUUUUUUAUAUUCUAGCUAAUAUUUGAAUGUUUAAUGCUAUUUUUUCAGGCAAAACAAUUGACAAAAUAGAAUUUAGUAUAAUCGGUAUGGCGCGCUAAACUUUGCCAGCGUUUUAGCGAGUAAAAAGCGCUCGUCUGUAAUUCUUGCAAAUGAAGUUAAUUUCCUCGUUAUUUAUGUAAAGUGCGAGGGUGACAUAUCGCAAAGUCAUUUAUACCGACUGAUUUUGCGAGGUGUUUAUAACUUUAUCAGUCUAAAUUCAAAAAUCCAAGACGUUCUCACUUCUUACUCGCUUACAUUAGAAAACGUGGACACGCGAAGAAAUUGCUUAAAAAAUUGAAUUCCUAAGCUUCUUUCGCAAAGGAAUUUACAUCCGUCAGGGUUUUUCCUCAUUCUCAAUUUUGAAAAGAAAACUUUGAUAGCUAGAAAAUGCGGAGCAAACGAACACAAGACAUACGUAAGAGAAGGAAAAGGAACAAAACGUUUAAAACCACAUAGGUCGUAUCUUUCAAUGGCAUCAAUCACGUUCAUCUUUCAAAGUCAAGCAUACUUGAAGAUUUUAAGAUUAGGAAUGUAUUCACCUCUCGAUCUCACAAGCCUAUAGGGUGUUAUAUAGACCAAUCCACAGAGCCCCCUUAAGUAUAUCACUCAUUGUUUCUUCCGUUGCCAAGGUUACGAACACCCCAGCACAUUUCCGAAUUCCAACCUUCAUAAAUACGAUAAGCUUAUAUCUUCUUUGUAAAGAGCAGGUUUCCCGGUGGCGCCUAGUUUCAAACAGAGCGAAUUGGCAAGAUGAAGACUGCAAGCGUGUGUCUCUCUUUCGCUUUUUCUUUAUCUAAGGAAUUUACAAUAUUUGACUGAUUUGUUUUUUUUUUCUUUUGAGGAUCAAUUAAGUCACUCUUUCUGGCGUCUCCAAUAUCGUUUGAUACACUAGUAACAGACCAGCAUUCCGAGUAUAUGACCACGUUUUAAUUUGUUUCGAUGUUUUGACACCUUGUUCAAAUUAAAAUGAACGCAGUAGAAAACUAAAAACUAAGCUUCAUUUUCUGCAGCUCUUCUCUUAUCAUUGCAAUUCAAUCGCCAAAUUUAUUUUUAACUAGUAGUAAUAUUGUCUAUUUCAAGCAUGAAUUCUUUCCAAAAACGUUAAGCUUGUUAAAUUGAUUACGCCAUCGAUAUUAUACAGAUUAUCAUCGAGUAAAUGCUCGAAAAGAGAAAAUAUAUUUCUAAAAUUUUAGAGAUUUUUCAAAAUCUAGAACAGAGUUUCUCGGAGCCAUUCACUUCCAUAGUUUGUCAGGUUCCUCUUGCUGUGAAAUUAAAGAAUAAGAUUUCCGCGGUUAGGGUUUAAAUAUUGUUUAACCAUCCGUGUUGAAUAUCACACGAUCCGAUAAUAUAACCAACCGGCUUAGGAAAAUGUGGCUCGGUUAAUGUUUUGUCCUUUUAGUGGAGACUUUCGCGAUUUUGGUGGAUUGGUACUACAAGAAGCCGAGAUUUCAAAUUUUAUCCCGGAUAUUUAAGAAAAAAACAACAACAAUAUUAAGUAGUUAAGACUGUUUUUGGAACAAAGACACCGCGUAUACAAAAGAAGGUCGGCGAAAACAAUUACGAUAGACUGAACCAUAACACCAAGUAACUUUCUUUGUGUAAUAAUUGUUCUAUUUUAAAAUAUUCAUAAUGUAUAUUUAUUUUUAGUCAUUCAGUUCAAUAACCGCCUAAAGAGAAAAUAGUUGAAGCAAAGCUUUAUCACGCAUAAAAAAGAAACAAUGUUAAAAGCAAAAUGAUAACACCGACUUAGUAAUACGUGCUCAUAAUGCAAUUCAUUUCACAGCAUCAUGCCGAACUAAAUCAUUUGUUUUAUUUUGAUUUUUUUACUGAAUGUUUGAUCAAAAUAUUUCAUUGUGGUUUUGGUUAGACAGAAAUAGGCUUUCCAUUUGCUCUGUGACUGAAAUACGCAGAGCUAAGUCACAUAAAGUGAAAGACCAGACAAAGUUUUGAUUACGCCGUCCGUUUUUCCAAGUCUUCGAAACAACCUGUUGUUAACGGGAGUGUCGGUACCCGCAGGUAACAAAUAACAGGGUUUUACCUAAGUCACUCUAAGUAAGUCAACUUUGGACGAAUCUCUAACAUGAAAGGAGGAGGCGACGUGGCCGAGUGUGGCCGAGUGGUUAGAACGCCGGACUUGUAAUUCGGAGUCCCCGAGUUCAAGUCCUGCUGUGACCACUAGCUGGAUUUGUUCAUGGUAGUACCUAGUUCAAAUCCUUGACCACACUUGUAAAUAACUAACUGGUUUGCCUCCGGCCAGUUGGGAUUCUUAACCCUAUUAAGUUCAGUUUGAAUUGUUUGUUUCAGGUAUUUGCUCGGCCCCACCAGCAUUAGUGCUAUAAAUACUGCCGAGGGUAAAUAAUGGAAUUAUUAAUUAUUAUUAUUAUUAUUAUUAUUAUUAUUAUUAUUAUUAUUAAAGAAAACUACUAAACAUUAACUUUGGUAACUCAAUCUGAAACAGACAUUGUAAUUUUUGCUACAGGAGCAAAACAAGUGAAAACUAUGCCAGAGCAUUUUUGAAGAGGGAAAACCAACGCUAUGGAAAUCAAUUUUAUUUUCGUCGUUUUGUCUCAAAUACUGCUCUCAAUUCAAAUACAUUUUAAACUUCAAUUAAAACUUAAAAAGCAAUGAACAUGCUAUCCCGCACGAUAAUAAAUGACAAAAAAAACAUGCUGAGAAUGUGAACAAUACAUGGAGUACUGAAAACAGUGGUACUACUGACCAUCAGGAAACGUGUAAAGCGUCACCCUGAAAGACUAAAAUAAUAACCUAAUACUGUUGUGGUUUUUUUCGACAACUGCAUGGCGAUCGCGAUGAUAGGGUGAGAUAAUCAUCAUGGUUAGCUUAAGUGCUUUUCGUUUUUCUUUUAUGAGGAAGAGAUUAAGUACAUCCAGUACAAUUUGACCACAUCACACAUCAACUUGCCGACGAUUAGACCAACAUCGCGAACCUACAGGCUUUCAAGGUCGACAUUGUCAAACCGCUACUUAAGCUGAUCGUGUUUUUCAGAAUAUAUUUGAUAAAAUCUGUUUUGGUAUUUCUGCUACACAGGAAAGGUAAACGUAGUAAGAAUUCUAUGAGUUUAAAAAGGCAGAGGCUUUUGCAAAAGUUGCAAAAAGAGUAAACAUCUUUAAAAAGUGUACAUGCAGACAAUCAGAGGAAAGCCUAUAAUAUGUUGGAUAACCGGCUCUCACUUUAACUUUUGCGCAACAUCUCGAUCGGAAAAGCUGGCUACGCAGGCUGAAAAUAAGUGGCGAUUUCGAAUCGGCACACUUGAGGAGCACUGAAGAGCGUUGAUGUCAAUGCAGGCUAGCUGAGGCAAAGCACGCAAUACUCAUAUCAGUUGCGUACAGCUAAUACUAGAGCCGCAAGAGGAAGACAGCAAGAAUACAGCCUUCAGCUGACAUUAAAUGUGGAUUUUUUUUUUCUUGAAAGUAAAUUUUGCGGAGGGGCUAGCCGUAGGCGGCUCUAAUUUUAAGAGAAGUUAUCAGCAGCCGUUAUAAACGCGGCUUGAAUUGGGUGAUUAUGUAAUAAAAGCGUGUAUAGAUCUCUCAAGGAUACUUUAAUCAGGCUGUGUAUACACUAUGGCGGAUAAUUUUUUAUGUCGACAGUUUUUAAUUGUUCUUGUACUGUUUCUAUUUUUAUUAUAGGUUUCACUGUUGUAUCAAGUGUAGUUUUUAAUUAAUUGAAGUUAAUUGUAGUGUAUGAAGGGCCGCACUGAAGAGCACCUUUUGGUAAAAUGGGCUCCCUGAUGCUAAAAUAUUAUUAUUGUUAUUAUUAUUAUUAUCUCUAUUAUCACAGUCUUUGCCGGUGUUCUUUUUGUGCAUCAGCCGGGCGCAAAGCAUGCACCUAGAGCGUCAGCCACUCAAGUCAAUCAUUCUGUUCAUACACUGAGCACCUUUCUGAGGAUUCGCGCAGAUCCCAGCAUGCAGAUCUCUUGAAUCUCUGUCAUAGUAGCUCUCUUUGAUACUUUCUUGAUGUUUUCUACCAUACCCUUCUUCACUGUACCAAGCGCACCAACAACCACAGGGAUCACUACGGUUUUCAUAUGCCACAUUCUCUGUAUUUCUAGUUUUUGUAUUUGCUUUAUUAUUAUUAUUAUUAUUAUUAUUAUCAUAAAAGCUAUCCGGUAAAUUAUGAACACCUGUACACAUUGCGCCAAAGAGCAGUACAUAUGCCAUAUGUAAGAAUCCACUGUUAACAAAGGUGUAGCGUUGCUCCGUUUGCGCCGAAAAAAAACCGUUCUUAUAUGUGAAAGGAGCUAUAUCAGAUAUGGUUUUCGUACCUUCACAAGAACUACCCGGUAUAGUGUGAAAUAGCCUCAGUAUCCAGAAAAUAUGUAUAUCCUUUCAUACUGCAAAAUCCUCCUAAAAUGUGAACAAAGUGAAAGAACAUACAAAAUUCACGCCAAAGAAAUCUCAUUUGAAUGGUCACAAAGUGUAGGACUCAGUCUCCAACGUAAAUAGACCUGCAUCCCAUCGGUUUUUUUUCGUGUGAUUUUUGGCUGUUAUAUUAAGGUAACCAUGGCGACUAACUAAAUGAUAUUCUUAUUAAAAACAACUGAAUAUCAAUUUAGUUAAAUAAAACAGAAUUAAAUUAUUUUUUAAUGAAGGUUGUCAAAUUAUUUUCUGAUAACUAAGAAAUAAUUAUUUUCUUUGGUUGUUGGUUCCAUUUCUUCCUUUUGAAAAUGCGAUCCUCUGUUUCCCUUAAGUCUGUCUUAGUCUGAGCCUCAACUGAUCUGAUCACCUGUCUAAGUAUAAUAAUAUAUUUUGAACAAAACGUUACAAAUUCGAUGAAGUGCUCCUCAAAAGCUGAAUACUAAUAUUGAAACUUUUUAGAGCAAUUAGACAUAUAAAGUCUAAGAGCAAUGUUUAUUCAGCAGCAUAAAAAUAGAGCAGUAUUUUUAUAAAUUUAUCCCUGUUUCCAACACAAACUGGACAACAAGUUAGAUUUCCUCAAAAAGAAUUUGUUUCCUGUUUACACUCGUUAACAUUUUGCUUACUGGUUUUAAAUGAUAGCAAUUUGUAUUAACCUUCUCUGAAGUGUUAUUCUGAAUUCGCUUCCAGUUUAGUUACCUGUUAAGUUCUGUUAGCGUGUCUGCAACACAAAAUUAGCCCGCUUUUGAGCUAUCCGGCUUGAAAUGAAAUAUUGUUAACCAGAGUGGCAAAAAAUAACUAUGACCAAAAUUAAAGAUUUAUUUCGUGGUUGACAGAGUAACUUGCGGGAAGGUUACUAUGGAAACGCUGAUUGUUUUCCCAAUAACAACCAUGCAGAUGCUAUAUGAAAGGAAUUUAGAACGUUUCAGCUUUCGUGAACAUAUACAGUCCUAUAAAUACUACAGCGUUGUAGCGAUAUUACACGAGAAACGGCGUCUAUUAGUCGGGCUUAAAAUAGCAAACAUAAUGACGGUAUCUCUGGAAUCAAUCUCAAACUCCUGUGGUUGGUUAAAAACACGAUCGGCUUGCUUUUAUAUUCUAACCCGGGUAUGUUUUAAACUGAUCGCGUGCAAGUCUGAAAUGAGGCCUUAAUCACAAAUAUAAGUCUAGUUAAUAGCACAACAAUAUCUACAACUGAUACAGUACAAGUUGGUUAAGUUAAUUCAAAGGAAGGUAAACAACAGCAGCACGACACAAGAAAGCAAUUCCAGUAUUUGGACUGAUUUCAGAAACAGUAACACUUCAAACAUAAAAAAAGUCGAUAAAAUUCUUGUCAUUUAGCAUUUCCACAUAAUCCGCCUUGUUACCCCCCCCCCCCCCCCGCUGGAAAAAAAAAACUUGCAUAAAUUUCUCUUGGCAUGAGUGUAACACCCAAGAAAAUCCCGAAACAAUGGUUAUGCAAAAUUUUGGAGGCUACCCCCAAAAUUUUGCAUAAAAAAAGGUGAAUUAUGGGCAAUAUUAAAAUGGUAUGGAGAAAAAUAUCUAAAACCUUUUUAAUUAUAGUAUCAAUAUGUACUGAGUCUUUUCAAUGAUCAAAACUGUUACAUCACGGACGGACUCAAGUUAUAAGUUUGAACCAUCAAAUUUAAGCCAUCAAUAGAUUAUUUGUGAAAGGAUCUCCUUGGCAUUCACUGUCUUUAAGCCCAGAGAAAAUAAUAAUUUGAUAGGGUUUUUUUUCGUUUGUAAAAGAAGAGUAAAGUUUAUUAGUAAUAGUCCCAGUCUCGCUCAGAAAUCUACCCCACAUUGUCUUGUGAUACUUUAGUUCCCACAGAGUACUGAUUAACUACCACCAGUUGAGGGGUCAACCAGACUUGCAUUUGUCCCUUUCUUAAGUUCUCCCCUCUUCGUCAGUCAUUUUUCUUUAUUCAUGACCGCUAAUUCUUACAAACAAAUUACAUUAUUUAUUUUCCUCUGGAUUUGGCUUAUUUGGGUGAGAAGGUAAUUGACGCAUAAAAAAUUAUUAUACAAAGUUGUUAACGGCUCGUAUUACUGUUAAAUUAACGAAUUCAUUUAGUCCAGAUCGAGACAUCGCUUACUGCUUAUUACCCGAACAUAAUUGUCUACACUUCUCUGAUUCAAACGUGUUGUCGCUAUAAUAUAUUCAACUAAUAAUUUGACAACUUUGCAGCUGCACAAUAAUUCUAUUUGAGACCUCAUAUUUUGUUUUCUUCAAAAUUUGCGCUGCUAGGACGUAGCGUUUUUCGUUUGCCAUCGGCAUGAUACUUUGUGCAAGGGAUGUUAUGCCUCGCUUGCAUGCGACAUCUCUUUCUUCCUGGAAUGGGUUUCCACGAUGACGUCAUCAGUUUUACUGCAACUACCAGAAUUCAUUUUUCAUUGCCUUUAUUAUUCAAGUGAAUGUUGAAUAUAUUUGCCCCCACAAAUCAACCAGCUAACAAUAAUAACAAUAAUGGCUGUCACAAUUACUAGUAGACCCAGUAGUUUACAUUGUGGGCCCAGAAAGAUAACAAGACUAUUUACAAAUAAUUUAAGAAAGUAAAAAAAAUCGUAAAAAGAAGUUAAUGGGGAAAAAAUUGAAAAGGAUUAAAAAUAGCUAUCUAAACUAGUAAAGUACAAUCGAGAUAAAAAAAAAAAAAGAAAAAAGGUACCUUAAAAUGUCCUUGUAAUACUAAAACGUUUGCGACUUGCAUUAAUGUUUCAGAAUCUCUCGAGAAAAUGUUUCUUGUCAUGCUUUUAAGCUUGUUGUCUUAACGAUUCCAAAGGCGAGUCGCACUUGCAUUAAAUGUUCGCACACCCGCGUCUAACCAGCAUUUCGGUACAGCUAAGGGAUUAUUAUAAGAUAAUCGAGUGUUGUAGCUAUGGGUAUUUUUUAUAUAAGUUCUAUAACUUGUGAAAUAAUCGGGACAUUCCUUGUUCACAAUUUUGAACAUCAUAUUCAACUAAAAGCUUCUGGUAGUUAUGGUAAGAUGAUGAUAUAUUUGUGGCCUAUCUGUAAAUAUUUUAUUAACCGAUUACUAUAAUUUUAUAAAUUUAAAAAAUAUUUUGCUAAAAGAAGAAGUAAUUUUGGAUAUAUUCAAUGAAAAAGAAUCUGAAACAUUUCCCUGUUUAUAUUUCUAUAUUUCUUUCUCAACACUCACUUUUUUUACUAUUGGCAUUUCUUUUGUACUCAUUAGAAUUUGCAAAACGAACUUCUCAUUUCAACAACAAAAAAUCAAAUCCAUGAGAGUCACCUCUCCUGUAUUGCAACUAAUUAUUGAUUUAUUAUUAUCAUUAUCAUUAUUAUUAUUAUUAUUAUUAUUAUUAUUAUUAUUAUUAUUAUUAUUAUUAUUAUUAUUAUUAUUUGAGAAACUCACCAGUUUAGUUUCGUUUCCCAGCGUUUAAUCUUCUUUUGGUUAUCAGAAUUUCUUUUUACUAAUUCGAACUUCAAAAAGAAAUUUUCAUCCUAAUAACAACUAAAAAGCGUUGGAUGAUGAACUGCUACAUUCUCAUCUCAGGUAAUACAAUUAGUUAUAGAUUCAUAAUUUGAGAAGAAUUUACGAGUAUUGGUAAUAUAAUUACGACGCACCAUUUUAUGCUUCCGAAGACACCUGUUGUUUUGACUGGGCCAAUCUGCGAUUAAAUCACCAAAGUUUAAGAUUUCACAUUGUUUUCAUGGUCCAGUGAAACAAUUUGACAACCUUUUGCCAAAUGCUUAGUCACGUCGAGAAUUUUAAUUUAACUUUGUGAAACACUGAAGAAGGUUAUUAGCUGUUACAAGAAAUACAUUCUGAGCUAUGAAAGUGCCGAGGGCUGAGGUAAGAUAUUCGACAUAUUUUUUACUUUUUGAUUGAUACAUCAAGAUAAUAUUUCUUACUUGAAACGAAAAUAUGGACAAGAUAUGUGAAUUUGGUGAUGUAUUAUCUUAAGACAUUUCAGUUUGAUUAUAUAUUUCGUGGAGAAGGCGACAUUGGACGCGCCGCCAUACCUGAUCAAACUAUAACAUGGGACUAAAACCGAAAACUUAAUUUCAAGAUUUUAUUUUCAAAACAAAUCGGCCAAGUACUGUGAACGUGAAUAAAAAUAAAUAAUGUCUCCUCUUAAAUCGUGCAGAAUUCACUGUAUGGAAAUUAAUCUUUCUUUUCGGGAUUUUAAACAAGAUAUCUUAAAAUUUAUUAAUCCGUUGUUUUAAAUUUAUCAAUCUGUUAUUUUAAACACGUUUAAUGCUCCUACUGAAAAGGUUCACGUUUUCCCUCAUAAAAUCUAACCCAAAUUAUUAUUACAGGUAAAUUCGAACAUACUAUUUGUUUUUGUAAUGAAAUGACAUUUUUAACUACCCAGAUUUAUUGACUUAACCAAUUUAAAACUUUAAAAUGUACGGGAAUCUAUCAGUAUAGUCUUUAAAUGUCGCAACUAAAAAAAUGAAGAACAAAUAUGUCAGAACGAAGUGAUGACAUCACAACCACCCAUCCGGUAAUCUGAAAUGUGCUUAUGAAGGGAAAGCUUCGAUCCAUGAAAAGUAAAAACGAUUAAAAAUAUUAAACCUUCUAAACAUGAUAAGGCAUCAUAUUUACCUGAAAAACAGAUUGUUGAAAUUUGUAUUCUUUUAGCGAGCAAAGAAUUAAAACACGAAAUUCACUAAAACAAGGGCACCUGUUUGUUUCUUAACAUUUAUUUAAGAUGUUGUUUGUAUUAUUUUUUUGUUAUUAAUAUGUUCAUUUACUGUUACGUGACGUGAGUUUCGUUACCGCUUUAUUUGAAGCGUGCGCGAGCAAUAUUUUCUGUAAAGCGACCACCUAAUUGCUCUUUUUUGUAAUGGAAACCGAACACCCCCUUAGAGAGUAUUGUGUUUACAAUAAAAAAACACAAGCAUCAAGGGUUCCGAAACAAAAGCACCCUUACUCCGAAUCGAUUUAAGUUUUAUCUACCAAGCAUUUCAUGUAGUACCGGCAGGGAGAAUUGGGUGCUACAUCAAGACAUUACAAUUGAUAUUUCGCGGUUACAAUUACUUGCCUCAUAGUUUUAAAAUCACGGUUUUUUUUUCUGCAAGGAGAAGGCUGAUUAGCUAUGCUGUUUAAUCUUGCGCAAUCGUCUUCGCGUCAGGUGAUAAUAACGCUGAAUUUGUUGGAAAAAACUAAGAGACAAACAAGCUGAAUAAAUUUAAGCAAAAAUUAUUUUGUCGAGAUCAACAAGAAAAUGACGCAGAUAGCCUACCAAUCUUCAGCAAAAAUAGCUCACACACUAGUUUCCCCGUCGUUUUUGUGUAAAGCCCUUGGGACCACAUUAUAAUUAAAGUGGUCUACAAUGCCUUUGUCAAGGCCGGAAAAUGUUAACUGGCAUAACAAAACUUAAUCUUCUCGCUGACAUUAUCAUGUUUUCAAAGAAAACGAACAGUUUACUCCAUUGUCGCCAUCAAAAAUAGAUCAUGCGCCUUGUCAUGCGAAACGGAAAGGGUGCUUUACUUUCGUACUACAGAGUGUCAGCAUAAGAUAGCUUCGAAACGUCACGGCGGAUUCCGUGAUAUUGAAAGCUUAAAAUCAAGAGACAAGUAUUUCUUAAAUUUCAUAAUCAAUCGAAAGGCCAAAGCAAGUGAAGUGUAUGAGAUCAGUUCAUGGCUUUGUCAAAUUGUAGGAGAAAAGGAUCACAUCAAAUAAGCAGUUCAGGGUAUGUACUUCCUUUGAAAUUCAGUUUCCACUGACGAUCAAAUUUUCUCACAGUUACUCUCGACAUGCAUACUUUGUGGAUGUAUUCUUGAUCCACACCUUAAUCAUUUACACGAAACAAUAAUGCAGACUUCAGUUGAUAUGAUAUUUAUUUCCAAUUAUAUAAUUGAACAUCUAACAGCAUACAAGGUGUUGAACUUUCCUUGAGAUACCAGUUCUUCUCACAAUGCACUAUGGCAGUUUCUGAGCAAUUCUUGAGCGCACUUUCGCCGCGAAUGAAAUUCUGUGGCGAAUCCAAACGAACUUUGUCAAUUCAAAACAUCCUUAGAGACUUUCUUACCGAGUUUUUUGGUUCUUUGCCUUGGUACCAAAACUUUUAGUCAAUUGAAAAUCAUGCACUCCCGGCAAAAAAUGUAAAUGCAAUUAGUAUCAGCUAAUAAAAGCUUCUGUCUCGGUUCUUUGAUUCUUUGGUUAUUUGGUUCUUUGAGUCUCCAGUACUAAUAAACCCAAAAAGGUUAUUAAUUAUUCUAAUCACUCUAUGAAGCUUACCUGGUAUCGUUACUUGUAUCUGAGCUAAUAGCAAAAUUUGAAUUGGUGUUAAUCAAAACCACUUUAAAAACUGUUUAAAGGAAAAGCUCGUAAGAUUGUAGUUUUCAAUUUUGAUAUUAAACAUUUUGUUUAUUUGAUAAGUCUGAAAGCAAAAAUUGUUUCUAGAUGUAAUAUAUUUUGCCACUUACUACUGGAGUCUCGUCUCAGUAAGCUUUUCAAACGACAAAAACUACGGGGAAACACGGUACAAGAAGUCAACAAGAUAUCUUUAGGAACCACUUCAUUAACCUUGGAUGAGGCGUUGUUGUUGUUGUUGUUUUUUUUACCACUUGAUUUGCUGAUCGAAUCAUCGUUCGCAUAUACUUGAAUUGUGAUGUUAGAUUUCCAGGUCAUGCACAUAACGAGACUCGGUACGAAUUACACUACAAUAUCUUUCGACGAAUUUCCUUCGCCAAAAUACACAUGUACUGGAUAGCUAUACAAUCAGCAUUUGUAAUACCUGUUUUAUAACUGUAUUCGAUUUUUAAGCUAAUCAGCAACAGAGAAUUUUUUCUAAUAAUUUGCCUAUUUUAAUUUUAAUCUAUGACAGAGUGGAGAUUCUUCUGUUGGGACAUCAUAUUACCAAAAAAUAUUCUUUAACACCAACAAUUUGUUGAAAGUUUAGCAGAGCUUAUAUCAGCAAACGUGAUCACUGAUGAAGGGAUCCGGGUGGGUUCUGAAAGUUCUGCUAAACUUUCAACAAAUUGUUGGUGUUGAAGAAUAUUUUCUUUAUAAUUUUAAUCUAAAAUUAAUAUUGCCUCCUAUACUGCUAGUUAAACUACAACAUGAAUAAUGCAGGAAGAUAUUGGUUUCAUUAUUCUACGAAGCACGUUUCAGAGUGAACUUUAAAAAGAGUGCCGGUUUUUUUUUUUUCGGAUCUACGCACCCAAUCAGGUGCCGUGCACGAACACUUAUAUUUACUGCAUGCCCCAGAAGCCGACAAUAUUUGUAUUACUGCAUAUGCAAAAAAUACCGAACAGCAUCGUCCACGAUAUAAAACCCGCUCAACGGUCUGUUUUAGUGGUUAGUAUUUUAAUUAGGGCAUUCGGCGGUAAAAUCGUUUUCACAUGACGUCACGGCCGUCAUACUGGUGUACAAAACAAUGCAACAGUGGCCAUUUUGGUGUUCUAAGAAAAUCCUGUGGGGAUUAAACUCUUUUCUCAUGCAAAAACUUUCUUUUCUUUUAAGAAAUUUGCAUAGCUGCCGAUCACGUGAGUGAAAAUUUAUAAAUGUGCAUACAUAUGCAAUUAUUUACUUAUAUGCCUAUUUAUUUAUUGCAGAAAUCUACCAAAGAUAAAAAAGGGAAAGACAAAAUGGUCAAAGUAAAUAGCAACGAAAUAUCAGUGGAGAUUGAAGGUAACUAAUCUUUCAUUUUUAGUCACGUUUUCUGCGCUUAGUAGUGGUUAAUUAGUUAGUUAUGGUAGCAAUUUUAUACUUUUUACCUUUUUAUUGUUAUAUUUUAUAUACCUUUUUUUUGUUGUAAUGUCUUUAUGUCUCUAUCUAUCUAUCUGUCUAUCUAUCUAUCUAUCUAUCUAUCUAUCUAUCUAUCUAUCUAUCUAUCUAUCUAUCUAUCUAUCUAUCUAUCUAUCUAAGACAAAUUUAACCUUUAUCAAUGAACACUGUAUCGCUAUCUGACUUCAAUUUCAAGUUUUAUCCAUGGUUAUUUAUUAGUACUUUGUUGGGAGGUCAUGGAUGUCCAAAGUAACUUUUUGAUUGGCUUUUAUUUAGAAUUGUUACCUUAAAUUGUGAUUAGCUUAAACCUCUCACAACUUAUUACAAAAUUGGUAUUAGUUUCCAUAACAACUCAUACUCAACCCGACCAAGAAGAAAACCCGAUUAAGUGGGACAUUAGAUCGCACAUCCCGCGCUACUUGGCACGGCUUCAAUUUCUGAUUGGUCCAUUUGACCGUCCGCCCGUGUUGUGAUUGGCUAGAAGGAAAAUUGCGCCACUUUAUAAACCAAUCAGAAAAAAAAACUACACAAAAAUUGUAAUUAGCUGAAACGCGUUUUCCCGCGCUUGGCAAGGCACAAAUAUUUACUAUGGAAGUUUUCUGUGCUCUAUAAAAUUGUCCCUCUUUGACAAGUUGUAACACUUUGUAAAUCCAACAGAAGCCGUUUUUCUCUUCUUACGAAGACGCAAUGAUUAAUGUUGUACGUUACCAAAAAUACCUAAUGCCUAUAGGAACGUUCUAUGGACGAUCGAGAGCCGUCCAUACAAGCAGCUUUUAAAAUACCUGAUUGUCUAUAGACAUUCAACGUCACCUAAGAAGGACAAAAGACUCAAGGGCGCACUUACUGUAAUAGUUUUACAUCAUUCUUUAUAAACUUAAUCUAAUUCACAUAUAUCCAGAGAUAUUAUCACCUAGUUUUUAUUUCCAUGCAUCGGCCCUUCAAUCGAGUUAGGCUAUUUCCACUAGGUAAGAGACCAGUGAAUUUAUGAUUCUUUUUUCACUGUCCUGUACUUUAUAAGCCUUUAAUUAAAGUUUAUCAGCAUUAUUAGCACUUUCAUCUACAUUUUCUUUUGUCAAGCGCAAAGAAUAUAGAAAAGUAAUGCAAAAGAACUAAUUAAUGGCGAUUUAUUUCUUUGUGAUAUUAUCAAAAGAAAUUUAAAAUUAUCGGCACCUAAUACAGCAAUUAACCUUUCUACGUCACAAAACAGUGAAAAUAUCAAUAUUCGCUUCGUUUUGUUUUUCUUUCCAAUGUGUUUAGCGUAGGUUGAGAACUUUCUUUGUAAAUAUCGCACGCUUCAAACGAGAAAAGAAGACAACUUGGUUUAAGAAGAUAACAGAUGCAUUUAGCAGAAUUAUGCCAUGUAAUAACGUCAGGCUAAGUUCGUAGACAUAACCGUGAAAAUCAAAUGGCUUACGAUAAUUGUGAUCAGUUUGGAUUUGAAAGCAGCGAGUCCACAAUUGGUAAGCUUUGAAUAUGUAGUUUUAUAGGCCUCCCAGUCCGAAAUUAAGUAAAAAUUUCAAAAAUUUUAAAAUUCGUUCUGUAAAAUGAUACGAUUUAGAUAGUACUGACCAAAAGUUUUGUGUAAGAGGUUCCAUUUGAAUGGUAACACAAUAGGGUUUCGUCCACAGAUGCAGAAGUUAGAAUAGCACAUCAUAUCACCACAACUUGGUCAAAGAGUAAAAGAGUUGACGCACUCCCCUAAUGCUUUGGAUAGAGCGAGGUAUAUGCACUUCAUUCAGUGUGACUGUUACUUUUUAACAUUUGACUGGAUGAAUUUUUUAGCGAUAUAACAAAGACAACAUACAAAAUAUUAAAGAACGCUGCACCGUUACUAUACCAGUAACCAAGAUAUCUACCAUGCGCUUUGAAAAAAAAAGCUCUCAUAAAUUCUGCAGUUCAUCGUACCGUUCAUGCCCCAAGGGUAUUAUUGUUGUUUCGUUAAGGAGGCAUAGAUAAUUUAAAGGUUCACUAAUUGCCUUGUCUGGCUGUCUAAGUUCAUUCACAUGAACGCUGGUUUGAUUCUUAAAGCCGGUUCGAAGCUUACAAAGUUAUAAAAGGAUCUCUCAUGGUCGAAGAAAGGACAGUCAAGAAUUUAAAUGGAUUGUCAGUAUUGUGACUUCUUACGCAUGUUCCACAAAGCAAAAAACUAUCAGUUUGGGGGACCCUGCGCUUUCUUUGGACAUGAACGCCACACUGAGUAAUAUUUCAACAUCCUUUUACCACCCAUUCGUUCUCGUGAUGCCGGGGUGAAAACUGCACCCGCGUCCCUAAACGACGUGCUUCAUAUAUAAUCACUCACUUGACGAGCAUCGGUGUUAUCUACUAUGCUGCGCGCGAUGGGUUGGCCUCUUAAUACAGUGACAUCAUUGAAGUUAGAGAGAGAUUUUGAAAGGGACUGGGGCUGACGAUAUGACGGCUACGCGCUUGUGCGGUGACCUGGCCGUAUGUUUUUAGAAAUUUGUAGACGGUUAAAUUGCAGGUUUUAUUCCUGUACAAAUAACUCCAAGAAGUUCCAUUACGGUUUUUUCUUUGACUUCAAUUUUCAAAACAGUUUGUACUUGUAUUAAAAUCGCAGUAUGAAGCUUGCCUUCGUUUUACCAACUUGUUUUAGUGAUUUGUUUUUUGAUCUUGAUAUGAAGGGACUGAAAAAAAGAAUAAAAAAGACAUGAAAUUUUUAUCUAUACGGAUCUUGCUUAUGAGGCUGGUCACAUGCUAACACCAGACAGCUUACGAAAGUAGACACAAAUUACUGUCUAAAAAGCAGAUAAGAAUAAUUUUUGCUGCCAGCCCGUGAAUUUACCAUUCUGUCAUUUUGUUAUUAUCACUUGAUACCUAGCCAGUCAACAUUACUCGUUUUUUGUUUACAAUAGGCGCCCUAGUUUGCCUCUGGCAUUGUCUUUGUACAUUGUGGUUUCGUUUACCCAAAUCUUUGACAGUUUACACAAAUUAAUUUGAAAACAAUACAUAGCCGUGAGUAGGACGUCAACGUAUCAGCGCUGCUUAAUUUACAACUUCUCGUCGCCAAUUCGAAGAUUUUCACAGAUGAAUAUAGCCACUUAUGUUUGCAAAAAUGCGACUUCCACUUUGGGAGAGAAACCGACGAAACAGCGAGAAAGCAUUUCGCGUGCUUAGAAGAACUACUGCAGAAGGUAAGACCUAGCAGUUUUUGUCGUUGAAUUUUUUCCUGUUCAAGAGUUCGCGUUUAGAGCAAACACAUGGAGCGGAUGACACCACUUAAUAACUGAAAACUUAAGCAAUGAGAAGUUGAACGGGAAGAAAAGGUUAUUCUAGUGAAAAAACGAUAACAAAUAUCGCAAAAAUUCAAUUGAGUAUGGUAUGAGUGACCCGCAAGCAGCAAAACGGGCGAAAUAAUAUGCCCACAUAUUUUGGUUACCACAAGUCGUGCAACAACAAAAGUUGGCAUUUUUAGUUAAAGAAGUGCUAUUUUUAGAUUGAACGAUUCUUGAAUCGAGUCUUAAAACAAAAUUAAGGCUUAAUAAUUGCCUGUGUGUGCCAUGGAUUACUUUUAUUUGAAGUAGAGUUAUUAUUUGUCCUCAGGCAUAGAUUAUCUUAUAAGCAGAUUUACAGAUAUCAAUGUUUAUUUAAUAUAUGGCUAAAUAGACGGGGGACAAAAACAACUAUCUGACUUCUUAAAUGGUCAUAGGACUGCCAUCAUCAUUCAAAUUAGGUUGAUAUAAAAUUAUAUCGUAUGAUUCAUGCAGCGAUAUGAAACGAUCCUCGUGUAAAACUGAAUCCAAUCAACAGUCGCGCCCUCGACGCCUCAUUUUAUUAAUUUCUAACGAAGGAUCUCACUGCGAGUAAGAAAUUAUUAACGGUUGUCUUUCGUCCUGAACAAAGACAAGGGGAAAGAUUGCGACUUGCACUUUCUCAGGUUUUUUUCAUCGUGUUUCGAAAGAAAAAACUGCUUAACAAAUUACUUUUUUUUCUUUCCUCCCACUCAUUCAAACCAUGCUCUUGGUGGGGUUGGUGUUGCUCCUGGAAGUAUCUGACAGUACUCGCUCAAAAUUUUAGCAAACUUAUUUUUACAAGACUCUUCCCCCUUGCCUCGACCUUUUCUUUCGCUUAAAUCGCAAUCCAAAUCAAGAGAAAAUGUCGUGUAGCCACGAAAAAGACACCUUUGUAUUUUACACCUCCCGUUAUAUAACACGUAAUUUGACGCCUUAUGUCCCACAAGGCACGAAAAGGAUAGGUGAAGUUACAUAACACGUUACAUUGUGUUCGAGAGCUGUUUUUAAAUAUCGUAGACCUUGAGACUAGAAUUAUCAUAAGAGUGACCAAAAAAUAUGUUAUAUUGAGACUAAGAUUUAAUUUUUUUUAUAAAAAGUGUCGAAAAUAAUAAAAAUUGUAACUGGAGCACUGGCUUCAAAAACUUGGUCGCGCCUUUAGAUUAUCCUUAUAUUCGAACGAAAUUUGUUUGGCAAUAAAUAUUCAUUAACCUAGUAAAUAUUUUUACCCGAGAUAUAGCAAGUUAUGAUAACAGAAACUCGUUUGUGUAUCAUAUACAUUUCAAACGAAGCGAACAUCGUUAAAACUCUUGACACAAAGUUUCGACGAAUCGAUUAGAGAUAAAAAAAAGCUAGUAAAAAUUUUAAACUGGAAAUUACCCUCAAGUAUUAUUCAUUGUAAAUGAGAUUGAUAAUUGGUUUGCACUUUUUGCUGCAUUACGCAUGCAAUGAAUUCACAGGCGAAACGAAGAAUUCUUUUUCAAGAUCACAUUUUAUUAACUCGCCUUUGAUAUAAACCGGUCGUGUUUAUCUUAAAACCAGCAAAAAGUAGGAAUGAUUUGACAAAUGACCCCUGUGAAAGGUCGUUCCACUUGGUAUCCUUGACACUUUUGACAGCUAUAAAAGAAUACGAGUUUUAUAAUUUGCCAGCUUCCUGCGGUCAUCUUUUAUCUCCUAGCUAAUGAAAAAUCACGUGACUCAGCAGGUGGAAUUGUUACUUAUCAAAACACUUCACGCAACUAAGAAAAUUGAUUUACAAGAAAUACUGCAAAUACGUUUAAAUAGACCUUAAUAUCGCUCAAGAGAUGCCUCGAUGGACUCGUUACUUAGAUUGCUCAUGUCAUCAUAGCGUCACUUCAAGGUGGUCUGAUAAAUUCAAUAUCAAGGGCAGACAUGGAUAAAAGCAGACUGCAAAUUCCGAGUAGGUGACUGUGACACUGUCUUUGGUUUUAUCAUCUUUCUGUUGUUGCGAGAUGAAUUCGAGGAAUAAUUUUUAAGGAAACCUGAGAACAUGAUUUUGUUGUUAACAUGCAUGCUAAGUGUUACGGGUUACGCGGCACGGUUUCCUAUCAAGCUUUGCUGACCACAUAAAUACUGAUUCUAGAAACUUCAGAAGACAGAUCACAUGGAAUGUUUAGGUCAAUUGUUCGAAUUUGUUGUUAUUGUUAUUAUUAUUUCUUUAGCCAGGUUGUUGAUCAUAUUUUUCUCAGAGUUCAGACAAACUUUUCAACUUCUAUCUUUCGUGGUCGUGUGAAUUUCUUUCCGAUUUAAUAUGUAGAUUUACCCAAAAUAUUCAAAACUUUGCAAUUUAAAACGAAUUUUUUGAUUAAAUAAAAGCCAAAUCGUUUAGAUUUUAUUUGUAUCGUACAAAACGUUAUUUGUCCUAAAAUAAUUGAAAUCGAAAACUCUAACAAAACCGACGCAGAUGAACAGGUUCAUCUAAAACGCCACUUAAGAUGGUUCAAAACAAAUUCCCUUAUUCACUUGUUUAAUUAAAUAUUCCACUCCACAAGAGACCCCGUCGUGCGCUAUUAUCCUGUUAAAGAAAGGUAUCGAGCUAUUACUCAUAACAGACAGGAGUCCAAUUUUCAUAAAUAUCUAAUGUUACCACUUACAUUCCAAAUCGAAAUAUUUGAGCGGAUGUCGAAAGAAGAUGGUGACUAAGACCCUGUUUACAUGGAGUGGGGGACCCCGGUCUAGUGGGGUAGGUUUCUUUUGUUUUGUGUCCCCUAGAGCGUGAAAACAAAAGAAACCAACCCCACUAGACCGGGGUCCCCCACUCCAUGUAAACAGGCCCUAAGCAAUUCGUGAGGGAACUUGUUCUUGAAUAUGAAAAGCUACGCAAAAAUGUAUUUCUAAAAUUCGUCUCACGAAGUUUCUUACUGAAGGUUUGAUGAAGUAGGAACGCAUUUUGUUCAAGUUACCUCACGUUCAGAUUACAAGUCAAAUACAAAGCAAACUAAAUGACUUUUAAGUUGGUCAUUUAUCUGUUUCACCAGUCAAGGCAAAACCUUAUGCAAAAUAAUUAUCUACCAUUUUAGAUAGCUAUAAUAUAUAUAAGGUUAAAAUGACCCAGCACGUUUUGAAAGUGAUCGUUGAUUUUAGAAUUUAAGAUUCCGAUCCUCGCUUUCAGGUUCUGAAGUUUUUCAUUGUUUUCCUUAAAAUGCUAUUAGCAAAACAGUAAACUUUCGCCUUUCGCACGCCCUGCUAUAACGGACACCCCGAUAAUAGGGACAGCAGCUAAAUCCAAGGAAAAAAAUAUUAAAAUUAGAGAUGUUUGACUGAAAUUAACUCCCACUGUUACGGAAUCUCGCUUAUGAGGACACUAAUUCAAGGUCGCUACAGUGUAUCUAACACGAGAAAUAACAAAUUCAGUUGACAAUCAUCCUUUUUUCGUAUGAGUUGGAAAUUUCUAGCUUCGGAAGUCCAUAACUUGACGUUAAGGCAAACUUUGACAGGAUAAAUCCAUACAACAGUUCGUCAAGAAUAAUGUUAAAAGUUCAAUAACGGAAUUUCGACGCUUUUGUGACUAAACCUAAUGUACACUACAAAUUAUUAUUAUUAUUAUUAUAAUUAUCAGCAGCAUCAUUACCACUAUGAACAUUUCUGUUAGAUCUUUACUACCCUGUAUAAUGCAAGUAUUCAUGGCAAAUAUAUAAUAAGUGAAGUGUUUAGAAGGACUUAAGCCAUUUCUAACCUCAUCCAUUUUCUUUUUUUUUCUAUAGAAGUCCCGGCGCCUCCAGUUCCUCAUGGCGCAAAAAACAUGACGCAGCCCUCAGUCUACAAGGAGGUGGAUCCGAAAGGAACUGCCGCCCUGUUAGAUAGACGCCGGGUUUCUGCAUCUGUCAGCGAAAUACGGGAUUUGUACAGUGCCCUACAGGAACUUGUGCCAGGGAGCGCAACAAGCUCAAUACCCCACCGAGCACUUCCAGAAGAACCGGGUGUCGCGUCCAACCCAAAUUCUCCUCGACCACGAAGAAAAAGCCCGAAUGGUGCAAAGGAGGGUCGAAAUCUACCACGCUCCCCUAACAAUGAGGAGGAGUCCUCGAGAGUAAGGAGGCUACUUCCGGUCACUCCUCAAUCGCCACCCACUUUGCGGAAGUUAAAGUCUAAGGCGGUUCAAGCGCUUGAUAUCAACGCCAAUCAAACUCCCGUAACAGACAAACGCAAGCCUAAUAUGGACGGGUGCGGUUCAAGUGGAGAGGUGUUGUUGAGUAUUAAGAGUGCUCAAACGGGAAAACCAUCACCAAAUAUGGGCAGAAGGGGUUCCAGUGGAGAGAUUUUGCUGGGCGGACGAGCCAGUCCGCUCAAGGCGCCAAAAAGUCCUAUGGCGAUGGCAAGAAGUGUCUCCAGCCAAGACAUUUCCAGAGAAGUGCAAAGUCAAAUGAGACCGAAAAGCCCCAGUGCUUUGCGUCCAGUUACAAUGGACAGACUUGUUAGUCUAGACAUGCUAGCAAGAAGAGGCUCUGAAGGCAUACUGCAUACGCCAAAUAUGAAUAAACAGCGAAAACACCUCAGUCCCCUCAAAAUGGGACGCAGGGGCUCUAGCGGUGAUGUUCUUUCAUCCGAAUGGAUGACACCUCCCAGUCCUUUAGGGUCAUCACGGAGUGAAGUCAUGGAGGAACAGACUGAAGGUACCAGUUACGACUCUUGCCCAAGGCGAGGCAAGUUAAUGAAUAAAAUCACCAAAUUUUCCAACUCUUUUAAAAGGAAAACUCAGUCAGCGAGCCCAGAACCAGCUAGAGAUCCAUCACCGGUCACCACACAAGAGAACAAUGAGUCGAUGGAUCAUUGCGACUUUACGGAUGGCCCUGUGCAGCGCAAGAAGUUAAACAGGGUCGAAAGUCAGAUGGAUCUGCUGCUAAAUUCACUGAACGAUCUUCAGGGAUCACCUAGACAGCCGUUACGCGCAAGCGCAAGUGACCCUGUCAGGCAGCUUGACCAGCGACGCGGAAGCUUGGGCACUGAGAUGCAAGAAUUGUUAGGUGCCCUGAAUGAACUUUCUGCCAUGGGUCCAGGCUCCGAUUCAGAUUCUCUCGGUGAAAACGAGCCCCAACCGAGAGGUGGGUACGAGUCACAUGAUCGAGCACCUGUGCAGCGUGAAUCACUCGAUCAACUUGAGGCGUACUUUACAGAAAAGCUGCGUGAUGCCACUCGGGCCGGGGCGUCUAAAACGCCAUCAGAGAGGUCUUCUGAAAGCGAAGCCUUUCACUCUGACAAAGAGGAAGGCGAAAUCAAACAACCACAAUCUGAAUCAUCAAGCAAGAAAACAUCGUUGGAAGUAGGAACGAUCGACAGCGAAAUUGAUGUUGUUGAUCAUCCUAUAGAGGGCUUUCCAACAGAUUUCGACAUAAAACGAGCACAAGUGUUAGAAGAUCGGGAAGAGUUUGCCAACCAAGUCAACAAAAAACUACAGGAUUGGCUUGAAAAAGCAAUGACUUUGGCAAAAAAGGAAAAAGUGGCGGAAAAUGGACACUUCACCACUUCCGAAAGCGAAGAGCAAAAGUGUGACUCUCUGGAGUCUGAAGAAAGCGACAGCAGCAAAGACAAAGAGCCUCGAAGACUUAAAAGAAACCUUUUCUCGAAGCUAUCUUUUCUUCGCCGAGGCGAAAGAUCACGCGGCAAAUACAAACACCGAAGAAGCAGGUCAAUGCAUGACGUCACUUUUACGUUGGAGAAUGAACGUCAAUUUCAAGAUGGCCAGGCAGAUGUGAAUACUACCACCACUGAGUCUGCGCAGUCUGAAAGGAAAACGAGGCGUCCCAGCACAAUGACCCGGUCAAGAUCAUUGUAUAAUGUGCCGGCUUCACGGAACAGCCAUGGCGAGAGAAAGGUCAGGGAAGCAGAAGAUUUGCCGAACACCUCAAAAGAUAAAGAAUCGAAUGAGCCAGUCGCCAUUACUGGUCAAGUGUCAAUUUGUCGCUCUCAUGUUGAAAAAACUUCUAGCAAAGAUUUCCACGUUGGUGAUAAGUCUGAGAAACUGACUACAACAGCGACGGAGAAACCAAAAGCGAGUGCAGCGUCAAGCUACCUGACGUUAGAGGCGACAAACGUAAAGCGCCUGACGCCGAAAAAACGACUGUGCCGUCUACCAACCGACCUGCCGUUCUUCUACACGCCAGAGGCUGAAAAGUGUGAUAAGAAACAAGAAUCUAAACAAGUGAACAUUCAAAAUCCAGGCCGAAACAGGAACAAAAUAUUCUCUGAAAAUGGCGUUAUUUACAAAGGUAUGGAGGAAAGUUUCUACACGGAAGUGCCAAAUGAAAAGGAAAAACUGAAAAGAGCGACCAGUAGUACACUGCCUUAUGCAAAAGUCCUUGUAAAUGAAAGGUCAAAUUGUUUCUUCGGAGACAGACUCGAAACAGAAGUGACAUUUUUUUACCCAGCUCCACAAGCAUCGUCAAAAACACUGCGUCGUUUCGCUUCUAUGGACAGUUUUCUGAACCCAAAAGACGUCAAAAAUUGUGAGGCGACUGAGACGGUUUCUAGUUGCUAUGGAGACAAGUCACGGGCGGAAGACGGGGCCCAAAACAAUAUGUGGAGAACAGUGAGCGAUGAACAGUCUCCAUGCCCCUCCCCACCAGAUCACGUGUGGGGCGUGGAGGUGACGAUUUAA